AUGGCGUGCGCUGCUUCCCUGUCAACCGGGAACGCGCUUCAGCCGCUGGUGCGAGAAAGUGUUCUGAGGCCUGCUGGGUCAGCGGUGAACGCAACAUCAGCCAUGUUUAUUCUGGAGAAGCGGUUCCCCUUCGAGGCAUCCCAUUGUCUACAACACCACGACUCGAAGUGCAGUCGAUUACACGGUCACUCGUACGUGCUGGUUGUGGAAGUAUCGACGGAGGCGCUGGUGACCUCUGGUCCCAAGAAAGGCAUGGUCAUGGACUUUGACGAGAUCGCAGCCGUCGUUCGCCCUCUUGUGGAAAAGUUUCUUGAUCACCAGCACUUGAACGAGACCUUAGAGACAGACGCGCCAACUGCUGAGUAUAUUGCGUACUGGGCGUAUCGGAAGCUGAAACCUUCUAUUCCUUGUUUAUCUGCUGUAACAGUGGAGGAAACAGCGACUGCCCGUGCAAUCUAUCGACCGAAACCUCUCGACUCACUGCACCGAAUAGAGCACGAUCACGAGACAUCGUUCGAUCACGCCUACGGGCCUGUCAGCUAA